AUCAGUGCAGAAUGUCAUGUUACAGAAGUGCACUUGUGUGAUCCUCUGUGUGCUUGUGUUCAGAUGGCACCUAAGAAGGGCGAGAAGAAGAAGGGCCGCUCGGCCAUCAACGAGGUGGUGACCCGCGAGUACACCAUCAACAUCCACAAGCGCAUCCACGGAGUCUCCUUCAAGAGGAGAGCUCCCCGUGCGCUGAAGGAGAUCAGGAAGUUUGCCGUGAAGGAGAUGGGCACACCUGACGUCCGCAUCGACACCCGUCUCAACAAGGCUGUGUGGGCCAAAGGUGUCCGGAACGUGCCGUACCGCAUGCGUGUGCGUCUGUCCCGCAAGCGUAAUGAGGACGAGGACUCCCCAAACAAGCUGUACACCCUGGUCACAUACGUCCCCGUCACCACACACAGAGGUCUUCAGACUGUAAAUGUGGAUGAAAAUUAAAGUUUCUCUUCAUACCUGUUGGAAUAAAAACAUGAAAGGAC